UAAAUCUAGUCAAUUAUUUUGCCCACAAAUUCUUUAGAACCCAAGCCAAGCCGCCUAAAUAAACAAAGACAACAUACUAACCAUAUUAUUAUGUUCACAAUGACAACAAACCUUAACAUUUUCUCUUUCCUUUCAAACGUAGGUUUCUGCUAAAAACCUCAACCUUAACAAUUUCUGAUUAUAUUCUUUUACUUUCAAUUUUUCAUUUACUUGUUGAAAAUCUUGUCUUUCUUUGACUCGUUUCCUUGACUCUUCCAUUGAUAAUGGAGAGAGAGGGAAACGAUUGUGAUUCGGGAGGAGAUGCAUCUGUUCCAUGUUGUUCCAUUUUGAGCUCCACCUUUUUGUUGGAUCAUGUUGGAGACGCUAUUGUUAGCUUGUUCUCAGAUGGCUUGUCUUGGAAAUUGAUGGAACCGGUGGAAAAUCAGGAUGUUUCAACUUGUUUAGGCAUUAAAUAUGUUUCCAAGAUUGCUAAUGAGAUCGCACUUUCGGACAUAUAUGCUGUUGAGGUACUGGAUAGUAGUUUGAUUCACAAAUCAAACCUCCCUCGUGCCACUGAACGUACACUUUAUGACAAUAAGAUGUACCAAUUUACCGUGCAUGGUUUUAUAAGGAGCAAGAGUCAACCUUCGCAGUGGAUCUUGACUGAAUAUACUUUCGGUCAUGAAGAUUUGCAAACAUGUCAAUUGUGGGUAAAUCAACUAAACGAAUUGUUGAAACUUGAAGUUGGAAGACCAAGGAAUCUUCUGGUUUUUGUUCAUCCAAGGAGUGGGAAGAGUAAUGGCUGUAGAAACUGGGAAGCUGUGGCUCCGAUAUUCUCACGUGCUAAAGUAGAAACGAAGGUGAUUGUGACUGAGAGAGCAGGACAGGCAUAUGAUAUGAUGUCAUCGAUGACAAAUAAGGAGCUUAACUCAUAUGACGGUGUUAUAGCUGUUGGUGGUGAUGGAUUUUUCAAUGAAAUCCUUAAUGGGUUUCUUUCUCCCAGGCUUAAAGCUCCCUAUCCACCAACUCCUCCAGGUUUUGUUCAUUUGGCUAAAGAUAAAGGCGAUUCCUUGGUUGCCGAUGAAGAUGAAAUAUUGGAAAAGACUUCAAGUCAAAUUGAAGACCAUCUUCCUCUGGUUUCAAGUCCAAACCAACCUCGGUCUAUAAUAUCGAAUUCUAAUUCGGAAGAUAAAGCUCCUGGGUUUCCCAUUCCUAAUGAAUGGUUUAGAUUUGGGAUCAUUCCCUCAGGUUCAACCGAUGCCAUUGUGAUCUGUACAACUGGAACUCGAGAUCCUAUAACUUCUGCAUUGCAUAUUGUCCUUGGUAAAAGAGUGCACCUUGACAUAGCUCAAGUUGUGCGAUGGAAAACAACUCCGAGAUCCGAGGUUGAACCUUUUGUGCGCUAUGCAGCUUCAUUUUCAGGGUAUGGAUUUUAUGGUGAUGUUAUCACAGAGAGUGAGAAGUAUCGCUGGAUGGGUCCCAAACGUUAUGAUUAUGCUGGAACAAUGGUGUUUUUAAGGCACAGGUCAUAUGAGGCAGAAAUAUCAUACCUAGAUGUUGAAUCGGAGGAAACCAUUCCGAAUCCCAAAAAGAAUCGUGAAAGUAGCAUGUUAUGGGGAUUGAAAGCUCCGCGCAGAUCAGAAAGAUGUAUCUGCCGUAUUAACUGCAAAGUUUGCAAUGAAAUACCAAAAAGUGAAGCCACUGAAAUUUGCAGCCUAACACCUCAUUUAAAUUCAGAAACGAAAAGAUGGGUGAAAUGCAAAGGACGGUUUAUUAGUGUUGGAGCUGCGGUAAUCUCUUGCAGAAAUGAAAAAGCACCUGAUGGUUUGGUUGCUGAAGCGCACCUUUCAGACGGUUUCCUUCAUCUCAUAAUGAUUAAAGAAUGUCCUCACGCUUCUUACUUAUGGCACCUGACUCAACUUACAAGAAGAGGGGGAAGCCCUUUGAAUUUCAAGUUUGUUGAACAUCACAAGACCCCUGCAUUUACUUUCACUUCUUCUGGAAAUGAGAGUGUAUGGAAUGUGGAUGGCGAGAUUUUUCAGGCACACCAACUCUCUGCUCAAGUGUUUCGCGGUCUCGUAUGCAUGUUCGCAACUGGUCCCGAAGUUUAAUUGAAGAGUUUUGUCGACGACAUUAAACGGAACGACGACAUUAAACGGAACAAUGAUGAAACUUAUUUAGUACCAACUACCUAGAACUUUUGUGUAUAUAUAUAAGCAUGGAGAGAAGAUUUUGCUCCAUUUAAGUAUAUAUAUGUAACCCUUGGUUCACAGUUUUUUUUUGUUUUUAUAAGGUGAAAUCUUGUAUCUUGAGGAUCAAAUGCAAGUCACGUUAAUAUGGAUGUUGUAGCUAUUUUAUAUAUGUAGCAGUGUCAUAAUCUAUGUCA